AUGAAUAUAAGAGAAAGCAUAUUUCACCAUAAUAAACGAGAAAACGAGCAUUCACUGGAACGAUACACUGAGUGCAAAACAACUCACACAAUGAUGCUUCAAAUCGUCAUUUUACUCGCGAUUCAAUCAAGCGUAAUCAAGUCACAGCAUGUUGAUGCAUCAUCCACAAAGUUACCUUUAGUGACAUACACAUUUCGACUGAAUGUAGAAUGUAAUGAAGAACACAAUGAAUGUAUUAUAUGGGAUCCCGACUACGCAAAUAACAGCACAUAUAAGUAUGAAAGGGUGACCGAAUUCUUCUGUGAAAAGAUAUUUGACGAUAUGGUGAAUAUUGGUGUUAAUGGCUUGCAUAUAAUUUGCAACGACGCAAAAUUCUCUGUGGUCAAUUUCACUCAUCCUAAUGGAACUGUAUCCCAAUAUACUGGAGGGGAGUUAAACGCUGUGUUUACAACCCCCGUAAAACUUGACCUUGAACUUAUGCAAGAUUAUCAUUACACUCUGAUAUCGAAUAUAUCUUCUGCAUUACCCACUGAACCCACAAAAUUAGGUAUGUCAUCACCAACAGAUAUGACAUAG